AUGGGAAAGAAUAAUUUGAUAGGAGAGAUUCCAUAUGAAAUAGGAAUACUAAGCUAUCUUGUGGCACUACAACUCAAUGGCAAUAUGCUUCAAGGAAACUUGCCAUCAGGUCUUCAAAAUUGCUCCAGGUUGCAUAUUUUAGAUGUGGGUGAUAAUUUAUUAGUGGGAAAAAUACCCCUUUGGCUAUCACACUUCUUUGAGUUGAUGAUACUUGUUUUGAGGUCAAAUAAACUCCAAGGCCAAAUUCCAAAUCCAUUAAGCAAUCUUUCCAAAUUGCAUGUGUUAGAUAUUUCACAUAAUAAUUUGACUGGUCCUAUUCCAUCAGACCUAGGAAAUUUGGCAAUUAUGCUUGAUCCACAUCCACAAGUAAGAAGUGCAAAUGCAAGUGAGCAUUCCUAUUAUUACAAAGAAGAGAUUCAAGUGAUCAACAAAGGAUCAGAAUUGACUUAUUAUGAUUCUAUUUUGUUACUUAUAACUUGCAUUGAUUUGUUUGAAAAUCAACUAUAUGAUGGAAUUCCUUUAGAAAUUGGAAACCUUCAAGGUCUCCACACCUUGAACUUAUCAAGGAAUAAUCUUAUAGGAGAUAUUCCAAUCACUUUUGGAAUGUUAGAGCAAUUAGAGUCUUUGGAUCUCUCAAAUAAUAAGUUGCAUGGAAAUAUUCCAAAUGAAAUGCUAAAAUUGUCCAGUAUGAGCACUUUUAUUGUAUAUAACAAUAUGCUUUGUGGAACAAUCCCAACAGGUGGCCAAUUUGCAACUUUCAACCUUACAUUUUUCUCUAACAACCCUAGCCUUUGUGGAUUCCCACUUGAUAAUAAAACAUGUAAAUGUGGGGAGAAGUCAAAUAUUGACAUGGCUCAUCUUCUAGACGAAGAGAUAGAGGAGGAAUCAGAAAUUCCAUGGCAUUGGUAUGUAGAGUGGAUGGCAAGCUUUGCUACUGGAUUUUGGGGAGUUUUUGGAAUCUUGAUUGUCAAAAGGUAUUGGAGAAGAAAAUACAUUCAGCUCUUAGAUGAAGUAGCCAUUAGUUUUUUAGAUAGAUUAAGAGGCAUCAAGUAG